AUUAUAUCGCGAUACAUAGUGUGUAGCACUUUCUUGUAAUAUAAAACUUCCUUAUCACCAAAUCAUACAUCACUUUACCACUUCCUCUGAGAUGUUCUUGUAUGGUCCAAUAAGAUAUGGUGUCAGGAAGGGCUCAGCUGGUCGGCAGUUGGCGAAGAACCCGUACAGCGACAGAACUGCGGUGGGAAACACCCACCCAGUGGAUUGCAGCUUGGCCCAGAAACCCAUCCUGGUCCCAUGUACCCUAAUCUGCUCCCUCAGGUAUCAUCCUGGAAUAUGAGAAAAAUGGAGCUCUCAAAACUAAAUCCAUUGAUAUGCUGGAUUUGUCUCCGGAGACUGACACAGAGGAGUUGAUAUCCCAGAUCAGGAAAUCUGAGCCACUGAUCACAGCAUCCCGCAUCGGCCAAGUCAAACUCUUAAUACUCAGACUGCAGGAGAAACUCAGCCAGCAGGAUAACCGCAGGUUCUACCUUUUCAAGAUGCUGCGAGCACACAUUUUGCCGCUGACAAACGUUGCCUUCAAUAAAUCAGGGUCAAGUUUCAUAACUGGGAGCUACGACAGGACGUGUAAAAUCUGGGAUACGGCGUCCGGCGAGGAGCUGCACACCUUAGAGGGGCACAGGAACGUGGUGUAUGCCAUCGCCUUCAACAACCCCUAUGGAGACAAGAUUGCCACUGGGUCCUUUGAUAAGACCUGCAAGCUGUGGUGUGCAGAGACGGGCAAAUGUUUCCACACCUUUCGAGGACACACUGCCGAAAUAGUGUGUUUGGCAUUCAACCCUCAAAGUACUUUGGUGGCCACUGGGAGCAUGGACACCACGGCCAAGCUCUGGGACGUCAAGACUGGGGAAGAAGUCGCUACUCUGACUGGCCACUCAGCAGAGAUCAUCUCUCUGUCAUUUAACACAGUGGGCGACCAGCUUGUCACUGGCUCCUUUGACCAUACCGUUUCUCUGUGGGAUGUUUCCUCUGGGAGCAGACGUGUUCACACAUUGAUAGGUCACAGAGGGGAGAUCAGCAGUGUUCAGUUUAACUGGGACUGCUCCCUCAUCAUCACCGGCUCCAUGGACAAAAGCUGUAGGGUUUGGGAAGCAGUGAGUGGGAAGUGUUUGGCCACGCUAGCAGGCCACAAAGAUGAAGUGCUUGACGUGUGUUUCGACUACACCGGUCAAUUCAUAGCCACCGCCUCGGCUGACGGCACGGCGUGGGUGUACAGCGCUGCCAGCUACCAGAGCAUUGCCAGAUUGGAGGGUCACGAGGGAGAGAUCUCCAAGAUCUGUUUUAACCCUCAGGGCAGUCGAAUUCUGACCGCCAGUGUGGAUAAAACCGCUCGUCUGUGGGAUGUCCAGUCAGGCGUCUGUCUCCAGGUUCUGGAGGGACACACGGACGAGAUCUUCUCCUCCACCUUUAACUAUGAGGGUGACACCAUCAUCACAGGCAGUAAGGACAACACCUGUCGUAUCUGGCGCUGACUGUUCCUGUUGCCAGUGGUCAUCCCUGAGAAGAUGACCUCUGACUGGGCUUCCCGGGGGGUUCUCACUGACCCAAUGGAUGUGACCUCUGACUCUUUCAUUGCUGUACAGUUAGAUUUGGUAGACUGUUAACAUGAAUGAGGUCCCAGUGCCAUCUAACUAUGAUGCCCUGAGUGGCCAGACAGCUUGGCCCUAUGGAUGCACCCCAAAUGCCACCCUAGUCUGUAUAUAAUGCCCUGCUUUUGAUCAGAACCCAAGGAAUGCUCUAUUUAAAGACAAUGGUGCCAUUUUGGAUGCAGUCCGUCAAAAGGAUUGGACCUGGGCUUGUUCCUUUCAGUGUUGACAGUGUGUUUGUGUGUUUGAUUGAUGGACAAAUAGACCGGAUGGGAU